GUGAACAUCCCGAGAUCGGUCGCCAGUCGCACGGAUCGAGCGCGCGGCUCUUGUGAUGCACUGUAGCGGAGACCGACUGGAGAGCGACAGAGGAAAGAACAGCCCAAUAGCCCCGAUUUAACGUCUGGUACUGUGUCAGAAGUCUCGCUUUAAUCGGCACCGAGUUUAUUCAUUCUACUCGUUUUUUUUUUUUUUUUUACGAACCUGGAUUUAAACAUUACCGGAGUUUAAUGUCGGAUUAUUAUGCAUUGGAUAUUAUCCCAUAACUAAGUGAUGGAACUGAGGAGAUCCAGAGGCUCCCAUGUGAACUACAAAUUCAAGCAGGCAACAUGAAGAAGGACGUCCCGAUCACCCUGACAACCAGAAGAGCAAGUCCAAUCGGACCUUACGCCAUGAUUACCCAUAGCAAUCUCUUUGGACUUUAAAGGAUUACAAAGGUCAAACUUUCCUUCGCAACAGAAGGAGAAACUAGUUUAGACUCUUCUCCCCUUUUCCUCUCUCUCCCUCCUCCUUUCUUUAACUAGGAGGAAAGGCAUCUGCAAUUCUACCUACUGUCCAUAGCUUGUCAGCGAUUGGAUAGUUUACUCAUGUGCAUGGCCUACGACUGUUACUUAGCCUACCUACGACUGUUAUCCCAACUACCACCCAACUCCCUGCUGAUUUUGUAUUAAAUCUCUCAGCAGUGUCAAACAUAUCUGAGUACACUUUUGGAUACAACUGUGGAUACUCCCUCUAGAAUUGGAUACUUACUCUAAUACUUUUAAAUCAAAUCCAAUGCUAUCUAAGCUUUCAGGAAUAUAAACUCAUUCGUCCUCUUCCUCCUCCUUGUUGACCAUGGAUGUGCUGGGCUUGUCUGCGAGGCUGCAGCUGCUGCUCUCGGCCUUCCUGGGUGUGUGUCUGAGCCUGGAGUUCACAGGGGCCCCCGGCCAGUGGGCCCGCUACCUCCGCUGGGACGCCAGCACGCGUAGCGACCUCAGCUUCCAGUUCAAGACAGACGUGUCCACGGCACUGCUGCUCUACUUCGACGACAGUGGCUACUGCGACUUCCUGCAGCUGAUGGUCGUGGAGGGCAAGUUGCAGCUGCGCUUCAGCAUCGACUGCGCCGAGACUGCCGUGGUGUCCGACAAGCGGGUCAACGACAGCAGCUGGCACUUUGCCACACUGAGCCGCUACGGCCUGCGGACGGUGCUGGGGCUGGACGGCCAGGUCAAGGCGGACGAGGUGCGGCCCACCGGAGGUAGCCGCCAGCACAUGAAAAUUGUUAGCGAUCUGUUCCUGGGUGGCGUGCCGCUGGACAUCCGUACGUCAGCGCUCACGCUGCCCACGGCACGUGAUGCCCCACCCUUCAGAGGAACUAUCUCAGAUCUGAAGUACGGGAACACAGAACCGGUUCUCCUCAGCAGCUUGAGGGUUCGUCUGGAGUCGGAGGGGCGCUGUACCGAGAACCCGUGCGAGAACAGUGGGAGCUGCACCGUGGUGGAUGGGGAACCCAUGUGCGACUGCUCCAAAACAGAAUACAAGGGCCGCUUCUGCAAUGAAGAGGUCAACAAUAAUAUUCCAGGAUUUUCACAUAUGAUGAUGGCGGAGCAAGCACGGGAGGAGAACGUGGCCACGUUCCGCGGCUCCGAGUACUUCUGUUACGACCUGUCCCAGAACCCCAUCCAGAGCAGCAGCGACGAGAUCACGCUCUCCUUCAAGACGUGGCAGCGCAACGGCCUGAUCCUCCACACGGGGAAGUCGGCAGACUACGUCAACCUGGCCCUGAAGGACGGGGCGGUGAGCCUGGUCAUCAACCUGGGGUCAGGGGCCUUCGAGGCCAUCGUAGAGCCCGUCAACGGGAAGUUCAACGACAACACCUGGCACGACGUCAAGGUCACGCGCAACCUGAGACAGCAAUCAGGCAUUGGACACGCUAUGGUGACGAUAUCAGUUGACGGUAUCCUGACGACCACGGGGUAUACCCAGGAGGACUACACCAUGCUGGGCUCAGAUGACUUCUUCUACGUGGGUGGAAGCCCCAGCACCGCCGACCUGCCUGGGUCUCCUGUCAGCAACAACUUCAUGGGCUGCCUCAAAGAGGUGGUCUACAAGAAUAACGAUAUCCGUCUGGAGCUCUCCCGUCUGGCCCGCAUCGUAGACCCUAAGAUGAAGAUCCAGGGGGACGUGGUCUUCAAGUGUGAGAACGUGGCCACCCUGGACCCUAUCUCCUUCGAGACCCCCGAGGCCUACAUCAGCCUGCCCAAGUGGAACACCAAGAGAAUGGGAUCCAUCUCCUUUGACUUCAGGACCUCGGAACCCAACGGACUCAUCCUGUUCACCCACGGCAAGCCCCAGGAACGCAAGGAGGCCCAACGCAGCCAGAAGAACACCAAGGUCGACUUCUUUGCGGUGGAGCUCCUGGAUGGCAGUCUAUACCUACUGUUAGACAUGGGCUCUGGGACCAUCAAGGUCAAAGCCACCCAGAACAAGGUCAACGAUGGGGCCUGGUACCACGUGGACAUACAGAGGGAUGGGCGUUCAGGCACCAUCUCAGUCAACAGCCGGCGCACCCCGUUCACAGCCAGCGGUGAGAGUGAGAUCCUUGACCUGGAAGGAGACAUGUACCUGGGGGGUCUACCCUCGGACCGUGCCAACCUCAUUCUGCCCACCGAGCUGUGGACCGCCAUGCUCAACUAUGGCUACGUGGGCUGCGUGCGUGACCUGUUCAUCGACGGGCGCAGUAAGGACAUCCGACAGAUCGCUGAGGCUCAGAACGGGGCAGGCAUCAAGCCGUCGUGCAACAAGGUGGUGGGGAAACAGUGCGAGAGCUACCCGUGUAAGAACAGAGGCGUCUGUAAGGAGGGAUGGAACCGGUUUAUAUGUGAUUGUACCGGCACGGGGUACUGGUCACGCACCUGCGAGAGAGAGGCAUCCAUCUUGAGUUAUGACGGCAGUAUGUACAUGAAGGUGGUGAUGCCCCAGGUGAUGCACACAGAGGCUGAGGACGUGUCUCUACGUUUCAUGUCCCAGCGGGCCUACGGCCUGCUCAUGGCCACCACCUCACGGGACUCGGCCGACACGCUGCGUCUAGAGCUGGACGGGGGCCGGGUCAAGCUCACGGUCAACCUAGACUGUAUCAGGAUAAACUGUACUUCCAGCAAGGGACCCGAGACCCUGUAUGCUGGGCAAAAACUCAAUGAUAAUGAGUGGCAUACGGUGCGCGUGGUCCGCCGGGGAAAAACCUACAAGCUCACGGUGGACGAUGACGUAGCAGAAGGCCAGAUGGCGGGUGACCACACCCGUCUUGAGUUCCACAACAUCGAGACGGGCAUCAUGACGGAGAGACGCUUCGUCUCGGCCAUCCCCUCUAGCUUCAUCGGACACCUGCAGAGCCUCAGGUUCAACGGGAUGCUGUACAUUGAUCUCUGUAAGAACGGCGACAUCGACUUCUGCGAGCUAAACGCCCGGUUUGGCAUGCGCUCCAUCAUCGCUGACCCUGUGACCUUCAAGUCCAAGAGCAGCUACCUGAGCCUGGCCACCCUGCAGGCCUACACCUCUAUGCACCUGUUCUUCCAGUUCAAAACCACCUCCCCGGACGGAUUCAUAAUGUUCAACAGUGGAGACGGAAACGACUUCAUCGCUGUGGAGCUAGUCAAAGGGUACAUCCACUACGUGUUUGACCUUGGCAAUGGGCCUAACGUCAUCAAGGGUAACAGCGACCGGGCUCUCCAUGACAACCAGUGGCACAACGUGGUCAUCACCCGUGACAACAGCAACAUCCACACGCUGAAGGUGGACGCCAAGGCAACCAGCCAGGUGGUCAAUGGAGCCAAAAACCUUGACCUGAAAGGUGACCUGUUUAUUGCUGGACUGGGCCCUGGUAUGUACGGUAGCCUGCCCAAGCUGGUGGCGUCCCGGGAUGGCUUCCAAGGCUGCCUGGCCUCUGUGGACCUCAACGGCCGCCUCCCUGACCUCCUCCAGGACGCGCUGUUCCGCAGCGGGCAGAUUGAGCGAGGAUGCGAAGUUGGUUUCACCAAAGCUGACCUACAAGGUCCUAGCACCACCUGCCAAGAGGACUCAUGUGCCAACAUGGGCGUCUGUAUCCAGCAGUGGGAGAACUACACCUGCGACUGCUCCAUGACCUCCUACACCGGCACUCAGUGCAAUGAUCCUGGGAUGACUUAUAUCUUUGGGAAAGGAGGAGGCCUCAUUACGUUCAACUGGCCAGCCAACGAGAGGCCAAGCACGCGCACAGACAGACUGACCAUAGGGUUCAGUACUUCCCUAAAGGAUGGCAUCUUGGUCCGGAUAGACAGUGCUCCGGGUCUGGGAGACUAUCUCAUGCUCCACAUC